GGACAUGAGCUAGUUAAUAGUUAAUACAUGGCAGCCACAACUUGUAAUAAAACUGAGGCAUGUUUGACUUAUUGGGGGUUGGGUUAAAGCAUCUAAUUGCAUACAGUAUUGGUAGAAAUUUGCUGCAAUUACAGCUUCUUACUUGUUGUCACAUGCAGUUAAGCAAAGAAAUAUUCGACGAUCUAACUCAAAAGUCAAAACCUUAAACUAUCUGCUUGUAUCUAUACCAUCUUUCCAGGAUUAAUUUCCAGCAAAUAAAAUAAAGGGAUCACAAUAAUUUAGUUCUGUCUGUUCAUCCAACUACCAAAUCAUUCAGGCUUACUGAUACCUAUUCACUUACAGCUAAGGCAAAAGAGAGAGUGCAGUUUCUAGUUCUCAAAGAUAGAAGAAAAGGAUCCCGAAUUAUUUCAUGCAUAAUAUCCAGAGAAGAUGUUCAAGCGAAGCGAGAAAAAGAUCAAAGUUGUCUUCAAGAUGCAAUUUCGAGCAACUCAGGUGCCGCAGCUAAAAUCCAAAAGCCUCAUGAUUUCUCUGGUUCCGGUAGAUGUAGGAAAGCCAACCGUCAAAUUAGCAAAAACGCCGAUUCUCGAAGGAACCUGCACCUGGGAAAACCCUGUGUACGAAACUGUAAAAUUAGUCAAGGAGACAAAAACGGGGCGAAUCAGAGAAAAAUUCUACUAUGUGGUUGUAUCAACAGGGUCAUCAAAAGCAGGCUUUCUGGGAGAAGUCUCAAUUGAUUUUGCAGAUCUAGCCGAGGCUACCAAACCAUUGAAUUUAUCUCUCCCUCUACAGACAUCAAAAUCGGGUGCUAUAUUACACGUUACAGUUCAGAAGAUGCAAGAAGGUUCUGAUUCAAGACAUAGUGAAGACAGUGAAGUGCCAGUGGAUGACUUGUACGAUCAGAACCUCGAAACAGAAGUGAAUAAUUCUUCGAGCUUCGGAAAGAGAAACCUGAAAUCUCCUGAAAGUGAUGACUUGAGUGAAGCAACUUCUCUGCACGACGAACUAAAUGGAAGCUUAGAAGAUUCAGAAUCAUAUAGUUAUGAUUCUGAAUCAAGAGAUGGAGUAAAAAGAACUUCAUUGACAAAUCAAAUGAAAGUGUUGGAAAGGAAGAUGGAACAUUCAGAACUAGAAGUACAGUCCCUCCGCAAGCAAAUUACCAAGGAAAUCAGGAGAGGACAGCAGUUAUCAGAGCAAAUUUCUUGUUUAAAAGAGGAAAAAGAUGCGCUUAAAGCAGAAUGUGAACAACUCAAGUCCUCGUUGAAAUGCAAGAAUGAGGCAGCAGCCUCGGUUCCUGUACAGAAAGAGACUGAAAAUUUGAGAAGUCCACUUGAAAACAUCAAGCAAGAGCUUCAACGUGAAAAACAGUUGAAUAAAAAAUUGAAGUCAAAUCUACAGAAGACAGAAGAUUCAAAUUCUGAAUUCGUUCUUGCAAUGAGAGAUCUUAGCAAGAAAUUGGACCAGAAAAAUACAGAAAUAUCUCGACUCUCCACCAAAAUUAAGGACUUCUACAGUGGAUCAGAGGCACUCGCAGUAUCACCAAGAACAACGAUGAAUGGAAAUGAAGGAAGUAAAGCACCAGAAGACCUGGACAGUAAGCACGGAAAUGCUGAUGAAACAGAAAAGCUGAAGCUGAAGAUUGAACAAUUGUAUUCCGAAAUAGAAGUCCACAAGAAAGAGAAAGCAGAGAUACAAAUGGACCUAGAGAGGCUGACUCUUGAUUAUGGAAUUUUAGAGACAGAAAACAAUGAUAUAUACUCCAAAUUAGAACACAACGAAAAAGAAAAUAUGGAAAUUCAGCAAAAUUAUACUGGAUCCUUGGCUAUAGAGAAGCAGCUCAAACUCCGUAUAGCAAGCUUGGAGGCAGAAAACAAAAGGCAGGCACUUCAAUACUCCGAGUCUUUGAACAUGAUUGAUGAGCUUGAGUUUCAGGUUGAGAGCCUGCAGAAAGAACUGGAAAAUCAGACACAAGCUUUUGAGGGAGAUUUGGAAGCAGUAGCAGAGGCAAAAAAUAUGCAGGAGCAGAGGGCUAUACGAGCUGAGGAAGCGUUAAGGAAAACAAGAUGGAGCAGUGCAAAUGCAGCUGAGCGACUUCAGGAGGAAUUCAGACAGGUUUCUGCUGAGAUGACAUUGAAAAUCGAGGAGAGCGAUAAAUUAGCCCAGAAAGCAGUGGCAGAAGCUGAUGAUUUGCACCAGAAAAAUGAAGUUCUAGAAGAACUGCUCCAAAAGGCCGAAGAAGAACUUCAAACAACAAGAAAUCAAUAUGAUAUAAUACUUGGAGAGUAUCAACAACAAAAGGAAAAAGUUUCCAGAGAUGAAUCUGAACAAAUGAAAACAACAACUGAAGAAUCAGUGUCGCUCCAGAGAUGGAAGUUAGAAAAGGAUGAUCUAGAGAGACAACUAGCUUCAGUGAGGAAGGAAGCAGAAAAAAUAAUGCAGGAUAAUGUUUCGAUGAAAUCUCAAAUGGACCAAAAGAAGACAAAAGAAGAGAACUUGCAUUUAGAAGUCAAAAAGCUCAGAAUCAAGAAUAAUGAAGUCAAAAAUCAUCUGCUUGAAUUAGAAGUGGAGAAAGAAGACCUGAAGAAAGAGAUGUCCAAAUUACGGAAUGUCUUACGCAAGAAGGAACAGUGGUUAAUUUUACAGGAACAGGAGAAAGCUGCACUACAAAAUUCUGCCACUUCUCAGAUGAAGGAAAAGAAUCUCAAGUAUAAUACCAAACAAGUGGGAAGUAAUAUGACAACAACCCGCAUAGCCGCCGGCCUUACAGAACAGUUGGAACAGGAGACUGCGCCUGCCCAAGACAGAAAUUCUUUAGUGUUUCAAGGAAGACAAAACAAAGGCAAAAACAUAAAAGGUGCAGAAAUGAGAGUCUUAGAGAACCUCCCUCUGCAAAAGAGUGGUCAGCCCGGUGGUGAUUUCGAUGUUUCCAACUUGUUAAGUGAAGUAGCAUCAUUGAAGGAAAGAAACGGAAGCAUGGAAGAAGAAUUGAAAGAAAUGCAUGAGCGAUAUUCAGAAAUAAGUCUCAAAUUUGCCGAAGUAGAAGGUGAACGGCAACAACUUGUCAUGAGUCUUCGUAAUCUGAAAAGUGGAAAGAAAAACUAGCUACUAUGGAAAAUGGUGAAAACCAACUAUAGACCGUUUAGGACCAGGAAGAAUGAUAUGUACAUUAAUAAUCCAUUUCCCAAAGCAUAUGCCUCUAUUUUGUUGCUCAUCUUCAUUAUCCUAAAGCCAUAAAGCAAUAUAAUACAGUUCUUAA